AUGGCUGAGGGCUCCGCCGCCACGGCCGCGGCGGCCUCCGCUCCGGGGCUACGGGCGGGCGGGCGAGGAGGCGGCCGGCCGUGGGGAAGGAAGGCAGAGGGAGGAAGGCGGCGGGCGGGCGGGCGGGGGGGAGAGGGGGCGGGCGGCGGGGGGAAGGGGCGGGCGCGGCGGCGGCGGCGGCGGGCUUCCCCGCCUCCUCGCCUCGGUGCGCCCCGCGCUCGCUCGGCCGCUGCUCGCCCCGGCGCCCCGCCUCGCCGCGCCUCGGCCGCCCGCUCUGGCCGCGCCUCCUCCCGCCCUCCGGGCCGGCGCUCCGCUUCCCCCUUCCUCCUGCGCCUCCGCCUCCUUCCACACAAAUACCAACUCCUCACCCCGAGCCCAGAUCUCGCCGCCGCCGCCGCCGCCACACUCCGCUCGGGCUCGGCCUCGCGAGACUUCCGCGCUGGCCUCGGCCCGCCCCGCCUCGCUCCCACUCGCCCACUGGCCCUCUCGCUCCUCCCCCUCUGCCAAUCGAUCUGCCCGUUCGCCGUCGUGGCCCCGCCCACUCACCCGGGCUCCUCCCGGAUUGGGGUCGACGGGGCGGCCCCCGCGCGCGCCGGAUGGCCGCGGCGCGUGACGUCAGCGCGCCGCCACCGCCCGCCGCCGAGAGUCGCGCGGCUCCCGCCCUCCGCGGUGCCACAGCAGCGAGACCCGCCGCCCCGGGCCCGGGCCGCACUCGGGAGCGGGGCGUCGCCGCUGCAGCCGCCGCCUCGGGAGCCGACUAGAAACCCAUGGUUAAUCACAAGCGUCUUCAGCAUCCCGUCCUGCUUCUGUCUGAUAAAACUUCACCCUUGGAUCAACCCACCUCUGUCUCUGCGCUUCUGGAAUUCUGGGACCCACUGCAGGAGACACCGCUCAUGUAUGUAGACUUCUGCCAUAACGUAUGGUCUCCAGCGUCAGCUAUGUUGUUUAAAUUUUUUUUUAAUGUUUUAUUUACUUUUGAGACCGAGAAAGACAGAGCAUGAGAGGGGGAGGGGCAGAGAGAGAGAGGGAGACACAGAAUCCAAAACAGGCUCCAGGCUCUGAGCUGUCAGCACAGAGCCCUACAUGGGGCUCGAACUCACAAACCGCGAGAUGAUGACCCGAGCCGAAGUCGGACGCUUAACUGACUGAGCCAUCCAGGCGCCCUCUCCUGGUCUUUAAAAACAAGCCCCUGUCUUGACCCUGUGUCUCUGUAGCUGUAGCCUGUCUCCUGUUCCCAGCUAAGCGUCCCGAGCCCGUCUGUGCCACCCCAGGCCCUGUGUCUCCCGGCGGUCUACCGGACAUUCCAUCACUGGCCACACAGGCGGAGGCUUUCUGACCUGCUUCCUCGCCUUCUCUUGCACCCAACACCGGCCGCUACUCUGUCCCUGGACUUGUCACCUCGGCUGUCUGCACCGCUCAGCUCGGUCUCCCCCUUCUCACUUCUCCUGUUGCCACUCUCCGUGUUCCGCGCGCUCUGCUGGGUCAUCGGGUCCCCACGUGUGGCCCCAACAGCCACCUGCGUGCUGACCGCUCUUAGCUUCCGUCUCUAUUCUGUUCACCCCGCUGUCCCAGAUGGCCCCAUGCACUGUCCCGCAGCACCCUGGACGCACCACCCGCCUAACCACCUCUCCGUCCACGCCAGCCCUGCUCUUCCAGCGGCUUCCCUCACCACCACACUCACUUGCAGUGAAUUUGGGAAUUCACCCUGGACUCCUCGCUCCCUCAUCCCCCGUGUGUAGCCACCAACUCCUAAUGAGUUUACUUCCAAAAUAUUUUUUAAAGCCCGCUUUUCUCCAUUCCCGCUCCUACCGUCCUCACGGAGGCUCUGGCUCCCUGUCACCUGCCCUUUGGCCAGCCCGCUGCUGCGCCUGCCACCGGUCCUCCUGCGCCAGGGGUCCCCUGAAUUUUUCUAACGUGCAGAGGGGACCACAUCGCUCCCCGCUUCAAACCUCUGGGGCUCCGGGCGCCUCGGGACGGCCGGCUCCUCCGCGAGGCGUUUCUAACCUUUCCGCCUAGUUUACUCGCCUUCCUGCCACCUGCAGACCCUGUUCAUUUCCCUCUGCCUAAAACAGCCUUUCCCGCCUCCUUCUACUUUACUCAUCUUCCAGAACUGCUCAGGUGAUCUCUCCGGGAAGCUUUCCUUGGAAGGGUAUUUCCACAGUCACAGUUACCAUUGUUCUCACUGUAAUGAACAUGGCUCUCACCCGGUCUGCUUUUCUCACAAAAUCACACAUUCCUUAAGGGCAAGGACAGUGUCUGGUUUGCCUGUUGCUCCCAGAGGAACAGGGCCAGCCCAGUACAGGACACACGGGGGGCCUGUCUGAGCAGAACUACCCAGUGGUGUGGUUGCCUUGUCCUCUUCCCUGCUGCACGUGGAACGAAGCCCAGGGUCCUUAGCUGGGUUUCAAGGAAACCUGGUGUAGCAAAAAAACCAAAUAAAUAAGAGACCUGGAUUUGAAUAUUUGUCUCACCAUGGAUGAAUUAACUAAGAGAUCUUAGAUGAGUUUCUUAACCUCUCGGGUCAGUUUCUUUAUCUGUAAAAUAGGAAUGUUGACGUUCAAGGUUGUCGGAAUGGCAGAUUGUAAUAAAAUAUACAGUGCUCCUGGCUAUAGUAGGUGCUUAGUAAAUUCCCUCAUUGUUACGGCUUUCCCUGCACCGUCCUGCUCCACCUCGACCCCCUCCCCCAACACCCAGCCUCACAAAAGUUGUCUUGCUUCCCUGCCUUUGCUCCGUCCGUUAAGGAAUGCCUUCCUCAUGUCCAUCAGCGUCCACUUGGUUCGGAUCCUGCCUCACGGCAGGCCCCCAGUUAGAAAUAACCCCUUCGCUGGUCUCCAGUCCCCCAUACAUGUGAUAUUCCCAGCUGAUGACCAGCUAGCGGUCUUCUAACUACCUGUAGGCGGUUCCUGGGUUGGAAGCUUCUGGAAGGCAGGGAUGUUUCUUCUUAGUUUCGCAGGUCUCCAUGCUUCUGAGCACUCAGGGCCUGGAACAUCCUAAAUGUUAAGUGAGGGGCUGUUUACUUUGACGGGGAUUGGGAGGUUGGAAAAUGCUUCUUUGCCGGGUUAAACUGUUGUCGGCGUCUUAAAGGAAUCAAACCCUCUGGGAACUCUGAAUUCUAGCUUACCCAGCCUACUUGUCCGUAAGAUUUUUUUGCCAGAGGUGAACGUUCCCAUUUGCAAGCAAGUAAACAAGUGUCUGGAAAUUAGACAUCAUUCUAGAAAAUCCAUGUCAAACACGGUGAAAAAUCAUCAGUCUUGAAAUUAGUUUAUAAUGUGAAGAAAGCAAAGCCUGUUGUUUGCUCCAAGCUACAGGAAAGUGAUGUGUAUUUCCAAUUAUUUCUCAAAGGCAUAUUCAAAAAGGAAAUUCUUUAAGUAGACUGUGCUUUGGGAAGAUAAUCUCAUCUUGACCUGCUGAAAGGAAGCUGACACAAUCUCCUCCCGCCCUUUUAUUUUAAAAAAAAAUUUUUUUAACAUGUAUUCAUUUUUGAGAGAGAAAGACAGAAUGUGAGUGGGGGAGGGGCAGAGAGCAAGGGAGACACAGAAUCAGAAGCAGGCUCCAGGCUCUGAGCUGUCAGCAAGGAGCUCAACGCGGGGCUCGAACUCAUGGACCGCGAGAUUAUGACCCGAGCUGAAGUGGGACGCUUCAUCCACUGAGCCACCCAGGCAUCCCAGCCCUUUUAUUUUUACAUUUUAUUUAUUAUUUUAGAGUUUUUAUCUAUUUAAGUAAUCUCUACACCCAACAUGGGUCUCAAACUCAGGACCCCAAGAUCAAGAGUCGCACGCUCCACCGACUGAGCCAGCCAGGCGCCCGUCAUCCAUCCCUUUUAAAGCGAAUGGUGUUGGCAGGUGAAAUCCCAUCACACCCACCACAGCAAAGAGAGUCUACAUGAAAAGACCAUUUCCUGUGGAAAUAAGCGCCUUAUUGAUUGAUGUAUCAAUCCAACGGUUAGCAGGUUGGCAAUGCUGUUUGCAGACAGAGGUGUUUUAGGACCUGCUUGCACACAUCUGUCACAGCCAUUAAGUGGUGAUUUCCCUUGGACACUGCUCAUCCCCUUUCCCCCCAGACCAUUGAAUUCUCCAUGCAAAGCCUACUCAUUGAGAGAAGAGAAGCAGUCCCCUUGUGGCUGCGACCCAGGCAGGUAGCCCUGUCCAGCAGGGAGCUUAUGAUGUCAGAGUUUAUCUAAACUCCUCUCUUGCAGCGUUCAGGGUGGCAAACUAGCCAAAUUCAAACUUGUUUUUAUAGGAUCCAAAUUUAGCAACUUGUAUACAAAAUGUAACGGGUAAACCUCCGCCCUAUAAACUACUUCUG